CCUAGUGAAGAAGUUUAAAAAGGGGAGUAUCACUGCUGGAGGUGAAGAACCGCAGAGAGAGGCCAGUGGCACAGGGGAGAGAGGUGAAGAGAGAAACACAGAGGGACAAUAGAACAGCCAGCAGAAUGGCCUGGGUUACUCCUGUAAUCUAUGUGUACAUAACACAUACUAUUCUGGAAAUAGGACAUGCCACUGAAAAGGGUACCAGAGUGCCAGAAGCUACAGCCCCAGGAGAUAUCAUCAUUGGAGGAGUCUUUCCCAUUCAUGGAGAUGUAGACAAAAAGAACAACUCCUUUGCACCCCACAAACCGCCAUGUAUCAGGUUUGAAGAAAGUGGACUGGUGAAGGCGCUGGCUAUGAUCAAUGCUAUUGAGAUCAUGAAUAAGUCCCCUCUGCUGGCUGAUGUUAACAUCACUCUGGGCUACCGGAUCUUAGACUCCUGCUCCGAUGUCAGCACAGCCCUGAGGGCCACAGCAGACUUCACCCAGCAGCCCGAGUGCCACACCGGAAGCAACUCCACCUCUCAUCUGCCAGUCAUGGCUAUUAUAGGGGACUCUCACUCUGAAACAUCCAUUGCCAUCGCCAACCAACUGACUCUCAAGAUGAUUCCUCAAAUAAGUUAUUCAUCAACCGCUGUCAUUCUGAGUGAUAAGAGCCGCUUCCCUGCCUUCAUGAGGACUGUUCCUAAUGACAAGCAUCAGACAGCUGCCAUGGUCAGUCUGCUCAGCACAUUUGGAUGGAACUGGGUGGGAGUAGUUACCACAGAUGGAAAUUACGGCCAAUCUGCUCUGGACCACUUUGUGUCCCAGGCUUCUGAAAAGGGAAUCUGUGUCGCCUUCAAAUCAAUUUUACCUCAAUCUAUAAGCGGUCAGCAUGUCUGCUCUGCAAUCACGCAGACUGCUAAAACCAUCUACAACAAUCCCAAGGUACAGGUGAUCGUGUCUUUUGCCAAACCAACUCACAUGAUGUACCUUUACCAGGAGCUUAAGAAUCAGCUGAGAGCAGGACAGAACAUGGAGUCAAUGAGAAGAGUCUGGGUGGCCAGUGACAGCUGGUCUUCCUCCAGCUCUGUGAAAGGAAACUUAACACUGGAGGACAUAGGACACGUUGUGGGCUUCACCUUCAAAAGUGGAGAUCUGUCGUCAUUCAGUGAGUACCUGAGCAGGUUAGAGGCAGCUGGACAUGACUACACAGAGACGAACCCUUUCAUGCAGGAGUUCUACAUGCAGCUAAAGGCUGAAGGUUCUGGAGACACUGAGCUGGUGUCUAAAGCUGUGAACACCCUCAGGGAACGAGCAGACACUAUCUUCAGUGUUGAGAUGGCUGUGAGUGCUAUUGUUCAGGCUGUGGCAUCUAUCUGCAGGUGGAGAAACUGCAAAACACCAGGCACAGUGCAACCGUGGGAGGUGCUGAAAGCUCUGUGGAUGGAAGAGUUUAAACUUAGAGAAAAGAGCUAUAAGUUUGACAGCAGUGGAGACAUCAACCUGGGCUAUGAUGUGACAAUGUGGAGGUCAGAUGGAGGGAACAUCCUUGUUCAUAAUGUUGUAGCUGGAUACCAUCCACACAUCAACAACUUCACCCACACCUACAAAACCACCACCCAACAGUUCAAAGACCUAAAGCUCAUCAUCUCAAAAUGCUCCAAAAGCUGUGUCCCUGGAGAGUUCAAGAAAACAGCAGAGGGUCAACACACUUGUUGUUAUGAGUGCAUCAACUGUACUGAGAACUACUACUCUAAUAAUACAGAUAUGCACCAGUGCCUGAGCUGUGACACAAAUAAAGAGUGGUCUCCUAAGGGCAGCUCCAGCUGCAUCCCCAAAGCCCAGCUCUUCUUCUCCUGGCAGGACGGCUUCGCUGUGGUGCUCCUGACCUUUUCUGCCCUGGGCAUCCUUCUGGCUCUGCUGGUGUCAGCACUGUUUCUACAUCAGAGGGACACACCUGUAGUGAAGGCUGCCGGGGGGCCACUGAGCCAGGCCAUCCUGUUCUCUCUGGUCAUCAGUUACAUCAGUGCGAUGCUGUUUGUAGGCCGGCCCAACAGUUUCCAGUGCAAGGCUCGACAGGUGCUCUUUGGCAUCAGCUUCACUCUGUGUGUUUCCUGCAUUCUCGUCAAGACCCUGCAGAUCCUACUAGCCUUCCAGUUUGACCCUGUGCUGCAGAGGGUGCUGCGUAGGCUCUACCAGCCUUACAUCAUCGUCAGCAUCUGUGUGGCCUUACAGGUAGCUACCUGCAUCUGCUGGCUGGUCCUCAAAAGUCCAUUUAAUCACAUCAUCAGGCAACCAACCACUCUGCUGGAGGACUGUCAUGAGGGCUCAUAUCUGGCCUUUGGGGUGAUGUUGGGCUACAUAGCUGUCCUGGCGUUUGUGUGUUUUAUCUGUGCUUUCAAAGGACGUAAACUGCCACAGCAGUACAACGAGGCAAAGUUUAUUACAUUCAGCAUGCUGCUCUACCUCGUCUCCUGGCUGCUCUUCAUUCCUGUCUACGUCACAACUUCAGGAGUGUACCUGCCAGCUGUGGAGAUGGUAGUCAUUCUCAUUUCCAACUACGGCGUCCUCAGCUGUCAUUUCUUCCCAAAGUGUUAUGUAAUUCUUUUUAAGAAAGAACAAAACACCAAGAGUGCUUUCAGGAAAAAUCUGUAUGAAUACUCCAGCAAAUCCACGCAUUCUGUCUCUGUGUCUGGAAGGUCAGUGUCAGAGCAAUUCAGACCUGCUGUGGUGACAAACUGCAGAAACAUGACUAGCUGCACAGGUUUGCACAGAGGUUCAAACACACGACACUGCCUCAGAAGAAGCACAAGCAUAUAAACUAUUAAUGUUUCUAUGUCUGUUUUAUCUGAGGUAAGAUGCCAGAGGGAUGUUCUGCCAAAGUUCCAUUUAUCUUUAUGGCAAUGGAAAUCCAAAAAAAGCAUGUACUUGUACUAGGAAGUCAUGGCAACCCUAACCAUAAACCACAACAGCAGAUCGUGAUCUCUUAGAUGGGGCAUUUCACCAAAUCAGAUAUAGUAUCACUCCCAGUGGCUUUGACAGAUUUCACAAAAGAGGUCUGGGACAAUCCCAUCAUUAUGAAAAUAACCACUAAAAAGAAAGAGAGUGAUAAACUUAAUUCACAUGUGAAGUCCCUGUUGCAAUACCAUAAAUUAAUUAAACUUUAUUGCUUAUUAGGGUGGAAAAUUGUCUUUAGCACACCAAAACAUAGGCAGCACAUAUAGAAUAAAUAUCUUAAAAAUACUGUUGAAGUAUAAAACACAGCUCACUAGUGAAAAAUAGAAAUACAACGCAUUAAACCAAACAAGAAGACAUUAAAAAAUAAAACAAAAUACUUCUGCAGCAAGAUGUUUUGUAUUUAAAUGCUGAUUAUACUUGGAAUAAUAUAAACACUUCCUAGAGAUUGAAGCCUCAUAGUGAGGAAAUAAGGAAUGAGAAGUGUCUGUGCGGAAUGCCAUGGCUUCAUCAUCCAUUCUCUUGUUCUGACAGUGUCCCAGUUAUUUUUCUGCCUAUGACUCAUUAACAAAUAGUGCUCUGCAAUGUGUGAAAAGUCGUUGUGAUAUAAUAAGUUUUACAUUUAGCAGACGCUUUUAUCAAAGUGACUUAGGUUCAUGUGUGUAAGAUUUAGUGGCAUCUAGCAGUGAAGUUGCGAGUUGCAACCAACUGUCCAGUCUACCACUGCUCCCUACCCUUUCAGAGAGUAGGACAGCUACGGUGGCCGACACAGCACAAAAGGUGUAUGUGAGAGAGUGGCCAGUCAAGAAAUGAGUUUUUUUUAGGCAGAUAUAUUUAGAAAUUAUGUUUAUUUAAUUAUUCAGUAAGUGGUGCUACCAGCAGAGUUUCAGGAGCGGGACCACACAUCAAUGACGUCACUCCCGGCAUUUCCAUAAAUACCCACACAACACAUGUCCUCUUUUUCGCUCUCGCAUUGAGCGCCACUGUUAAAGGGACAGUUCACAUAUUACCUCCAUCUCAAGAUAGCAGUGGUACCAAAGCAAACAGGACGUCAACCAACACCAGAAUUCCAAAGCCUCCACCUCUCAUUGGGGUUGACCACCCCAGCAGCCUACAUCACACAGGACAACCACAUCGAGUCGUCAGCACCCCGGCAUCCAGCUCCGGUGGCUUCAGGUGCCCAGCACUGGGAUGCCAGCACCCCAGCCAUCUACAUCUACCAUCCACUUCAUUAGGGGCCUUCGGCACCGGGACGCCAGCGCCACAGCUGGACACUUCCAGCAACUACAGCAGUCACUUCCAUAGGGUUAUAACUGUUAGAACUGAUGCUAGCAGCAUACAAGCUAACACAACGCAAUCAUUACGAGCUCAGUCAUUUCAAGCUAACAGCCGUUCCGAGCUAACUUUGAGCUAGCUAACAGUCGUUUUGAGCUAACUUUACUAACUUUGCGAUAACAGCCGUUCGAGCUAACCUUAAGCUAACAGUCGUUUUAAUCUAACUUUGAGCUAGCUAACAGUCGUUUCAAGCUAACCUUGAGCUAACAGUCGUUUUGAGCUAACUUUGAGCUAGCUAAAAGUCGUUUCGAGCUAACUCUGAGCUAACAGUCAUUUCGAGCUAACAAUUGUUAGCGUGAGUGGUUGUUCGUCUAUGUGUGGUCCUGCGAUGGACUGGCGACCUGUCCAGGGUGUACCCUGCCUUGCGCCCGAUGUCAGCUGGGAUUGGCUCCAGCCCCCCCGCGACCCUGUACGCAGGAUGACGAUGGAUGGAUGGAUGGAUUCCUUUUAAGCUAACUUCAAGCUAACAAUUGUCUUGAGCCAACAAUCAUUUCCUAACUUAGCUAUUUUCCUGCUAGCUCAUUCCAAGCAGUCGUCUUCUAGCUAAUUCGUUUUGAGCUAUAGUCAUUUUAAAGUAAACAUUAGUUUCCACAUAAGUCAUUCAAGCUAACAGUCGUUUCCUAGCUAAGCCUUUCGAGCAAAACUAGUUUUGAGCUGACAUUUGUCUCGAGCUAUCAUCGAGCUAACAGUAGUUUUGAGCUAACCUCCAGCUAACAGUAGUUUUGAGCGAGGGAGGCUAACUCUACCUGUUAGCACAUCAGCUGUGAGGCCGAUGUGCUAACAGGUAUACGUAUGUAUAUUGUUUGCUGGUUGCAGCAGCUUCGUUUCUGUGGUCUGCUUGUGUUUGUUACUGCUAUUACUGAGAGUCAGUAUUUAUUUUGUUGAGAGUAGUCUUUGUGUUAACUGUUUAGCUAAAGACUCUGUUGCAGCAGUUUAUUCCACUACUGAGAGUCAGUAAGUGUUUAUUUUUGUUAAGAGACACACCUGAGUUAGUUUGUGUUUAACUGUGUGUCUGCAGAGUUGGGCUAGGUUUUAGAGUAAGUACUGACACCCACUCUACAUGUAAGAUUUUCCCUUGUUUAGUGCAUUAGGUUUAGGGGUGCUGCGCUCCCUGUGUUUUAUUUUUGAGACACCCAAAAUAAAGAGGUUUUGUUUUCACUUUGGUUUUUGAGUUAGUAAUCCCUGUUUUUAGUUUGUUAAAACCUUGUCAACUCUCUUGUAUAAAUAAAUAACUUUUCCACCAUACCAAGUACAUCUGGUUUAUGCGUACAUCCCCUUUCCCCUAGUGAGCUGGGUCAUAACACCCCCCAAGUGGUACCCGGUUUCAUCCUGCUUCCAGCUCCAUUGCCGCCGCGCCAAGCUCUCUGGUUUUCUCCAACCUCCGGGUUCCAAGGUCUACAGAGAAACAGCAGGUCUUCCCAU